CUUAUAAAGAAUUUGAUAAAGGUAUUUUGUUGUUCUUUUAGUUAAUUUUAAAUAAAAUUUAUUUAGUAGAACGAAGUUUGAGUAAUAAUGUUUAAAAACAUUUUGUUGUGUACAUAUUUAUUAGCUUCAAUAAUUACAAUCAAAGUUUACGGUAUUAAAAAUAUAGUAGAAGGUUGCUUCAAAUGUGGAAGUAAUAUUCCAGAUAAUGUUCCAGAUAAUGUUCCAGUUAAUGAAGAAAUUAUUGAAUCCAUUAUACAAUUACUAAAAAUUCCUUUUCCACCUACGAACCUAACCGUUAAUGUAAAGUCCUUACUACCCCAGCAAUAUAUAGUUGGAGACGUAAUUGAUGAUGUGAUAAAAUUUAUUAUUAUGAAAAGUCAAAAACAAGACACUAUUUUAUAUGUUUCGACAUACAUCUAUAAUUGUGUACGUGAGGAAUUGUUUUCACCUUUAAUUGAAUACCUACAUAAUUUAAUUACGUCAAAAGAAAUGCUCAUUUUAGUUAAUGUUCACAUUGCUACAGAUCAUUGGGUUUUGGGAGUAAUUGAUUUAAAUAAAAAACAAAUAACUAUUUUAGAUUCACAAAAAAACCAUCGUUUAAGAGAAUUUACAUAUUUACAUUUUAUAAUGUGUGCAUACUUUAAUGUAAAAACAUUUCAUGCUAAAUCAAAGCUCAAACCAAUUGAUAGUAAUUGCCAGUUUAUUCUUGCUAAAAAUGCUAUACAGCAAAAAAAUUCAUAUGAUUGUGGUCUUCAUGUAUGCUUACAUGCUUUUCAUUAUAUAACCAAUUUUGGUUUAAUUUGUGCAGAUACUUCAGAUUUGGGUAGAAAAUGGCUUUAUUAUUGUUAUACAGAAUAUGAGAAGUAUAAAGAAACCAUCACUAAAAAAAGUUCUCCAUCCGAUCAAAAACCAUUAAAUGAAGAUAAUAUUAAAAAAAUUAUUAUUAAAACUCUAAAAGAGACAACAAUUGUUCAGAUUGAUCAGGUUAUACAAGCACUGAUCGAAUAAAAUAAGAAAAAAUAAAUAAAUUGUUGUUUUAAAAUAUUAUAAACAAUUGUUUUUGGUUGAUCAGAAUUAUAUUCAUCGUCUGAAUGGUUAACAUUUUCUUAUAUGAGUUUAACCGUUUGUUUUUAGUUUUAUUAUAAAUUUGAUCAUUAAA